UUUCUUUUAUAGGUCAACAUGAUGCUGAAUCCUCUAGCCAGUCUGAGGAUCAGAAAGGUAAGCCUGUUCAUGCAAUGAUUCAAGGCCGUGGGCUCUCCUCCAGACCGGCAGAGCAGAGUCAUGGGCUAGCAGAGGAGCAAGGAUGCCCCAUUGCUAAGGUCCUAGAGGGGUUCAGCUGGGGCUGUGAUGGCAGCAACCAAUAUGACGCCCAUCAAAAGGGCGCUCAGGAAGCUGUGGAAGAAUUUGGAAUCCUUGAAGAUGCAGCCUUGGAUGACAAGCCGAGUUUGUUCAGCGGGACAAACUCUGUUAAGGCAGAAUCCCAGAAGCCUGGGAGGGAGCCAUCUGAAAAAAAGGUUAAGAGUCCUGCCAGAAGUGACACUGAAGCACAGACGCUGUAUGGGAAUGUUUCUCACACUGAACAAAUGACAGAUGGGCCCACUCUUAGGAAGUACCCUGUCUUCCACUACCUGAACACAGAGGCAAGUAGUCAAAGAGAGUCAUGCAUCACUGCUUCAGAAAAUAAGCUACGUCCAGGAACAGAAGGAAAACUCAUGUCACAGCGAGAAGCAGAAGACAAGACUGCUCCACUCAGUCACCCAGUCGUGGGGGACGCACAACUGGCCAUGAAACGGAAGUAUGUAUAUGAAGAGAUAUCACCUCAAAGGCUCGCUAACUUGAAAUUGUUCUGGGAGAAAGGUAUCUGUGGGUCUAAAAUACUGAUCAGCAAAACAAGCAAAUAUUCAGAAACAAACAAAACUAUGAAGGAAUUUGUUGACAGAAGUGAGGCAGAUCAAAAAUGGAGUAAGUCUGGUGUAGACUUGUGCAAGGUAGGAAGGGAACUCCCUUUCUGGACUGGAGAAACUUCACCAGCACCUGAAACCAUGAAGAAUGUCUAUGGACAUUAUAAUCUACACUUCAAAGCUAGGAAUGAAAGUGAACCUCAUGAUCAUGAAGUGGGCGUCAAGAGAAGUCCCCUUGAUUCAGCAAACAGUAUCACAAUUACUGAGCAGUCAGGUCAUUCUCUCUUCCACAAGGAAGCAUACCCAAACCCAGAAAAGGACUCAUCACAUUUGGAGGACAGCUCAACUUAUUUUGAAAGCAGAAACAUUUUAACAAACCAGAAUGAAGAGGAUAUAUACGUAGCUAAGCCCAUCAUCAGCGAGGAGGUACCUGAGGGGUUGAAAACUAACAUACAGACAGGCCACCAAGGACAGGAAUUUGGUUCAAAACAUGAUUCUCUGGCUGCCUGUGGACAGACUGACAAGCAACAAGAUGACAGAGCUGGCAAGAUAAGUCACCUAAAAUCAAAGGGGAAAAGUGGCCCUAAAAUUAUUGUUGGAAAACAAAAAGGGUCUUUAGAGACCAAAGUGAACCAAAUCCCAGAGCCCACAUCUAGCUGUGCUGAGAAAGAACUUGCCAUAUCUAGGUCUGAUCUAAGGUCAGUAGGCAUUGAAUUAGACAGAUCUUCUCUCCCAUCAAUUAAGGAACAACCUGAGACGGAAUUGGAGAACCAGACUGCAAAUAAUGCACAGUAUGGGCAUAUUGAUGACUGCAGGGGCACUGUGCCUUCCGUCAAAGCUGAGUUGCUCUCUACUGAUGGUGUUCCCCAACAUUCAAAAAGCACCUAUCAAGAGACUCUUGUCAUGCAACAGGCAUGUCAGUUUCUGGUUGGGGAACCAAGUCCUGAUUGUCCCCCACAAAUCCCACCGAGGUGUCCAAUAAAAUCCAAAACUGAGACCUGCUCCUCAAAAUCCCAUUCUGUCGAUGUCUGCCCUCCGAUAAGGGAGCUCAUUGAGAAGGAACAGAAACAAAUUCCUCCCAUUUGGCAAAAGAAGGUACAUUCACCUAGAAGAAUAGCAUGGGAUUCUGGAGUCACAAAGAUAGCCAUUGAAACCAAAGAUGUUCAUCAUCCAUCAACACAGCCCCAGGAGGCAUCAGAGCAACCUAGGAACAGGAGGGGCAGUGAGGGUCAUGGGACUGACUGCACUCCCGACUCUCCCAGAAGCAACAUACCCAAAACUUGGUCUAACUCCUUGGCAAGUUCAGACUGUUGUGAUGAGUCUCAAAGCCCCGUUAAGGCUUUAAAGCAAAUCUCUGCAAGACCCGUAGCUGAGUCCAAAAAUCUGGAGGAUAUUUCGUCGCAGCAAACCAUCUCCCCAGUGUCCACGUGUCCCAGCUCCUCCUUCUCAGAGCGGGAGCAGAUGAAGAAGCGGUGUGCGUCCAUGCCUGCCUUUCUGCAUGGAGAGAAGGGUGGCAGGGACAGUGACUCCGGUUCGGAGAGCAGCUUCACCAUUGGCGGAAGGAAGAGCAGUGCCUCCACUAACUUUAGCACCUCCUCUGGCAUGGCUUCAAUGUCCUCUGCCAGUAGCAGUCUGAUGAGCAUCUACAGUCUGGAAUUUGAGAAUGUGGAAGUCAAAGGGACCAUCCAGUUUGCCCUCAGCUAUGUUCAGAAGCUGGGAGAGUUGCAUGUAUUUGUGGUUCGGUGUAGGGAUCUGGCGAUCGCAGAUUCCAAGAAGAACCGGUCUGAUCCAUAUGUGAAAAGUUAUCUCUUGCCUGACAAAGCAAGACUGGGAAAGAAAAAGACGACAGUGAAGAAGAAGACCAUUAAUCCCAUCUACAAUGAAAUCCUGAGGUAUAAAAUUGAUGUGGAAACCCUGAAGAGUCAGGUCCUAAACCUCUCUGUGUGGCAUCACAACAGCUUUGGAAGGAAUAGCUUUUUGGGCGAGGUGGAUUUCGAAUUAUCCAAAUGGGAUUUAAGGAACACACAUAUGAAUGACUUCAGACUGAAAUCAAAGUCCACAUCUGGCCUGGAGCCCACAGAUGACAGAGGAGAGAUUCGGUUGGCUUUGCGCUUCCUGCAACAGAGCUCUCACGGUAAGAGAACACCUAAGACCGGUUUGGUACAGAUCUUUGUGAAAGAGUGCAAAAACCUGCCAUUGAUCAGGGGUGCAGCUAUUGAUCCUUUCGUAAAAUGCUACGUACUUCCUGACACCAAUCGGAAAAGCAGGCAGAAGUCACGGGUGUUAAGGAGGACGGCCAAUCCGGUGUUCAACCACACAAUGGUGUACGAUGGCUUCAAGGCGGAGGACCUGCAGGAGGCCUGUGUGGAGAUCACAGUCUGGGACCAUGACCGCCUCAACAACCACUUCCUGGGUGGAGUUAGGCUGAGUCUCGGCACAGGUAGAAGUCAUGGAACAGUUGUAGAUUGGAUGGAUUCUAAUACAGCUGAAGCAAUGCUAUGGGAACAAAUGAUGGAUUCACACAAUGAAUGGGUGGAAGAUGUAUUGCCUUUAAGAAUGUUGAUGAUGGCACACAGCAUGUCGAAAUAAAAAAGAAGGAUUACAAUAUUUUGACCUGUUAAAUAGUGUAUGUUUGAUUGCAGCAAAUUACCCUAUUGCGAUUAAAUUGAGUGUAUAUUACAGUGGGGUGCAAAAAUGUCUGUUACAAUGAAUCUGUAUGUGAUGGAAAGCAAAACUGUAAAUGGUUAAACAUGAGACCUUUCUGAACAUUUUAAAGCAAGAUUGCUUUUCAUUUUCAUUUUUUACUGUUUAUAAAUUAGGAUAAAUUUAAAUUUAUAAAAAAGGAAAAGGGCCCUGUGCAAAAGUUUGGGAACCCUUUUGGAUUAUUCUUUGUUACUUUUUAUGAUUUUUAGAUGAUUACUAAGGCCCAGACCCAGGUGAUUUACUUGUUAGGGCUUCAAUGAGUCAGGUGAGUAUAACUCCAUGCCUUCUAAAGUAUCCAACUACAGUGGCUGUUCUGUCUGGUGUUAACAACCAUGGGUUUCUCUAAACAAUUGUCCAAGGGUUUCAGAAUGAAGAUGGUUCAUUUCCAAACCAAGAAGGAGAAGGCUACAAAAACUCUCAAUGUUUCAAACUAUCUAUUUGCACUGUCAGAAACAUUAUUAGAAAAUGGAAGAUAAAUGGAACAGUUGAAGUUAAGGCAAGGUCUGGAAGACCAAGAAAGAUUUCAGAUAGAAUGGCGCGAGACCUGGUGAGAAAUGCUCAGAAGUACCCACUGUAAAAAUGAGCUGCAAUAAAGAGUAGCAGACACAGCUUUAGCUGUUGACGGGAAAUUGUUACAGUUCAGUGUAAAUAACAAAGACCUACAUGGCAGAGUUGCCAGAAAGAACAUCUCAGAUCUCAGUGAUGUCGUUCAUGCAAGGAGGCCGAAGAAUAUUUCUGAGCUAGCUGUGUUCUGCCAGGAAGAAUGGGGGACAAUUCCAAAAAUCUAGAAUAAGAUGUUAUAGUUGCCCAAGGAGGAGUUACAAAGUCCUAACUGACAGGAUUCCCUUUAUACAGGGCCUUUUUCCUUUUUGUGUUAUCUUGAAACUGUAAAAAAGUAAUCUUGCUUUAAAAUUUGAAGACAUGUCAUAUUUAACGUUGUACCAUUUAAAGGUGAGGUUCGCUUCUGUUCACUUAGAUAUUAAUUGUAAAAGGCCUUUUUGAUCAGGGGUGCCCAAAUGUUUGCACACUACUGUGUGUGAUGUCAUGUAUGUACAUCAAGAAUUGAAUCUAAAAUUGCCUAAAUAAAAAGCUUUUAGCCAUGUUAAUUAUAAUGCACAGUGCAGUGUAUUGGUGCAAGCAGGGUAAUAUUCCAGAUGUUCACAUGAUUUCUCUAAUAAAAUUUGGGAUAGUCGGAAUAAAGUAAGUUAUUUGUUCAAGUUAACUCUGUGACUAUUGAUCAAUCAGUUAACAGCUACAUUUGAAAUCAUGGAAUAAGCUUAGUUAUAAUACUUACAAACAUUUGUGUUUCACUUUCUUUUCUCUUACUUAUGUCUGUCUGUAUGUGUGUAUGUAUGUCUCAGUAUUCCCCAUUUGUAAAUUCACAGUAAUUUCAAAUGUAUUAAAA